UAUUGGUUUCUGGUGAGACCCGGCGCUCCCCCCUUUUCCUGUCUCCCCGGUCUCUUGAGGAGCCCAGGAAGGAGGCUCAGCUGGUGCUGCCGGCUCAGAGGCUGCCAGGACCGGGCUUCGGCAGUUGUUAGCGGGUCAUGUCGGCCGCCCAGGGCUGGGACAGGAACCGCCGGAGGGGAGGAGGUGCGGCCGGCGGUGGCGGCGGAGGUAGCGGGGCCAGCGGGGGUAGUGGGGGCAGCGGGGGUCGGGGAACUGGCCAACUCAACCGCUUCGUACAACUCUCCGGGCGGCCGCACCUGCCAGGUAAGAAGAAAAUACGAUGGGACCCAGUUAGGAGGCGCUUCAUUCAGUCCUGUCCCAUCAUAAGGAUCCCUAACAGGUUUUUGAGAGGCCACAGACCUCCACCAGCACGCAGUGGACAUCGCUGUGUGGCAGAUAAUACCAACCUGUAUGUGUUUGGAGGGUAUAACCCAGACUACGAUGAAUCAGGAGGGCCAGAUAAUGAAGACUAUCCUCUCUUCAGGGAGCUGUGGAGGUAUCAUUUUGCAACAGGAGUAUGGCACCAGAUGGGCACAGAUGGCUACAUGCCCCGGGAAUUGGCAUCCAUGUCACUUGUGCUGCAUGGAAACAACCUGUUAGUGUUUGGAGGUACAGGCAUUCCAUUUGGUGAGAGCAACGGCAAUGACGUUCAUGUCUGUAAUGUGAAGUAUAAGAGAUGGGCUUUACUCAGCUGUCGGGGGAAGAAACCCAGUCGUAUAUAUGGACAGGCCAUGGCCAUCAUCAAUGGGUCCCUUUAUGUCUUUGGAGGAACCACUGGCUACAUUUACAGCACAGACUUGCACAAGUUAGAUCUCAAUACCAGAGAGUGGACACAGCUGAAACCCAACAACCUGUCCUGUGACCUGCCAGAGGAAAGAUACAGACAUGAAAUCGCUCACGAUGGGCAGAGGAUUUAUAUCUUGGGAGGUGGUACUUCCUGGACAGCUUAUUCCUUAAACAAGAUCCAUGCAUACAACCUUGAAACAAAUGCCUGGGAGGAAAUUGCAACAAAACCCCAUGAAAAAAUAGGUUUUCCUGCGGCCCGAAGAUGUCACAGUUGUGUUCAAAUAAAAAAUGAUGUAUUUAUUUGUGGGGGCUAUAAUGGAGAAGUGAUCCUGGGAGAUAUCUGGAAGUUGAAUCUGCAGUCUUUUCAAUGGGUAAAACUCCCCGCUACCAUGCCAGAGCCAGUUUAUUUUCACUGUGCAGCUGUUACACCAGCUGGUUGCAUGUACAUUCAUGGAGGAGUGGUGAACAUCCACGAAAACAAACGGACUGGGUCAUUGUUUAAGAUCUGGCUGGUGGUGCCUAACCUGCUGGAAUUGGCAUGGGAGAAGCUGCUCGCGGCCUUCCCCAACCUAGCAAAUCUCUCCCGAACACAGCUUCUGCACCUUGGACUAACACAGGGACUCAUCGAGCGCUUGAAAUGAGGAUUUCUGGACUGUUCAUUGAUACUGGAAAUGUUAAUUUAAGAGACUCCUUUAUUUAUGGGCAGUGUAGAAUGUGCUACAAAGAGGAUUGGUUACCCUGAUCAAGGCCUUAUUCAGAAAAUACAUCAGAUGCCUUUCCAUAAAUUGGUUAAGUUUAUAGACAUAUCACUUUCCUACGUCACUUUUUCUUUACUUCUUUCCCUCCUGCCCCAGUACACACUCAUAUACUCAUUCACAUAUUCCCUUUUUCUUGAUAGAGUUGAGGGAAAGCCUGAAAGUACCUUACUAAUUUUAUGAAUCAAGAGAAGAUAAAGGAGUUUUAAAAAAGGAAUUCUGAACAUACUGACCAUGUCAGCCAGUGCUCCACAAAUUAUCAACAAAGGUAAAAUUUUAAAAUCCAGCAACAGCUGCAAGUAGUAGUUUGGAGGAUAGAAUGACAAGACUGACUUUUACAAUCUUGCAGGUUAUCCUGAAACCUGGGUGUUUAACUUGGUGGUUUCAAGAUGUAUCAGAGUAGCAGGCUCUAAUGGCAGCAGUAGUUGACAUCUUACUGCAUGAGUACCUAAACCUAUCCUUUGGCUUUGGAGGAAGGUGAAGUAGCUCAGCAACUCUUGGUUAGUGAUUUUUUUUUCUCAUCCUUAUAGUACCACCAGUGGAUAGAGUUGGCUUGUCAAAAGACUUGUGCAUGUCAUGUCAGAGUCUUUGUGUUGUUCUUAAAUUGAGAAACUUAACGGUUGUCAAAAAAGUUUUAAAUUGAAAAACUUAUGGUUGUCAGAGUUCUUUCUGGGCAGUUUUUAAAUUCUCUGAUGCUUAGUAAUGGCUUUAAAUAUCUCUUUGAAUUCUUUCAUGGGGAAUUGUAGACCCUAAAUAUGCAGUGUGAAGGCCAUGGAGGGGAGAGCAGGACAGCAAGCACCUGCGCCCCUCGGACUUGCUAACUUGGCUUCUGCUUUGACUGUCAUAUUGGCCAUUUCCUUCUCAGAACUUGCUUCUGUCCUAAUCUCUGGACCAUGUCCCUGCCAUUCUCUCAGGCAGUUGGCCCAUGAUUACGCCUUAGCUUGUUGCCUUCUUUGCUGUCUGCUUCAGUGUGCACGGUGCCGUACUUGUCUAGUAAUUGGAUAAAAGGUUUGAGAGAAAAGCCACAAGUCAUCCUUUCUGAAGAGCCAAGAAUCAUUUAAAAACUAGCACAAGGAAGGAAUGAAACUGAGUAUCAUUUGCUUUUUUUGGUGUGAAAAUUUAGUUCUAUUUGUUUUGUUAGUUCUAAAAAUCACCUAUGUUUUCACUUGCUUUGACAUCACGCUGCUAGAGGAGUUGAGCAAGGUGCUCGGCAUGAGCAUCUGGGCAUCUGCAGGUGUUCUCAAGGUGCCAAAGGGGCAUGGGAAGGCACAGUGCUGACCCACCCAAGGUCCCUUCAUGACUGGACACCCACAUGGGAGAUUUGGGACACAUUUUUCCUUUAAGUGCCUCUUUUUCACUCAGCUUUUAAAAUUCUUUUUUCUUUUACCCCAGAAGGGAUCUCUUUGGCUUAUGUAUAGAUUUAAAAUACCUUUGAGUUAUGGCUAACAAGUUACCAUCUGGUGUUCAGUUCUGGGGAAGAGAAAACUGUGGCCUCUAGACUUGGACUCCUAAUUUCUAGGUCUUAUUCUAUCCCAUUCGUGUUGGGUUGAGUUCAUACAGCAUGUAUUCUGCAAAGCCUUGUAAGAACUCAUCUGUGAGUUUGGGUCCUUUUCCUGGGGGGUGAGGAGUGUGAGGAAGAUGCAGAAAAAAGAGCAGCUCCCCUAGGGGUUGACUCCCCCUAUAGCUUGCCAUUUCCCAAUCCCGUGGUUUAACCUCUCACUACCCACUGCUAGGCAAGUCAGUCAGAGCAGCUCCACUAGUUCAAAACAGAGCCUUGCUGCAUGACUUCAGCCUGAUCUCUGGCUAUUUGGUGGAAUUAUAUCCCAAACUAAACAAGGGAUGCUAAUUAGGGUGGAAAAAGGAUUUUUGCAUUGAAAUAUAUAAGGACCAAAGACUGAAUGCUCAGCCUCUACAUUUAGGCUUCUGUGGUCCUUAGGACAUGAGCAGGUCUCUGGCUGUGCUGCACAGAAAGCUGGAGACGGGGGUCUGAGCCAAUCCAUGCUUGCUGGCAUCUUGUUUGAAAGCCUUCUGAGGGCAGUCUUCUUUGUGGUAGAUGUUGGAGGCCUGGCAUUGAAGUGACAUCAAAGUGAAAAUAUGUGUGACAUUUUCAGAAAAGAACGUGUCCUUGGUGUAAAGUGUCUUCUUAUCACACUAGUGAAAAUGUUGUGGUACAGCCAGCUUGGGAAUAUGGUAAAGCCCCUCAUAUGCACAUUUUCAGUACCAAAUGAGGCUGUGAAUGAGGAGUUAAAUGAGGGUGACUGGACUUUUAUAGAAGGGUCGCCAGGCACUUUAGUGUAUCUCUAGCCAGCACUUGGAAGCAAGUAACGCUGUUACUUGGUGUGGGAAAGGUUACACCUACUGCUCCUCUGCCUCUCUGCAGUGCUCCCCUCUUCCUGCAGUCCUGGAAACUGAAGUGCAAUAUAUAGAAAUACAUAUGGAUAUAUACAGAUUAUAUACAGGGUGUGACUAUAAAACAGUUAGCUUUUUCUUGUAUCUGUCUUGGGGAAACCAGCUCACUACUUUAGAUAAAAUUAUGACAGGAAUUCUCAGUGUGAUCACCUGGCUUAAGCCAGCUCUUGAUAAAGCUGGAUUUUCAAGUCCAUGUUUUCUUUCUCCAGUUCAUAGAGACUUACCGUUCCUUGGGUUUGUUAAAGUUGAGAUUUUUUUCCCCAAUUACCUUUGUACUAUGUCAUGUGUGUAUGUCCUACCCAGGAACAAGGAAGUCCACUUGUAAGGCGUUUGCUAAGUGGAGAAUUAAAACCUACUAUUUAGUGCUGUCAUUUCUCCCAUAUAUACACUAACUUAUCUGGGAAUGUAAUACCUUAUUAAAUGAUGAAAAUUAUGCUUUCCUCAUUUUAUAAAGUAUUUUCCAUACCCUGAACAUACUAUAAACUGAUAUAGAAUAGAUUGAGAUUUUAAUCCUUCUUCAGAGGCCAAAAAAAUCCUUUUUACUGGCAGAAUCUUCUUUUUUCAGGGCCCUGAUGACACAGUGAACAGAUUUUCUCUACACCAUUUAUGUCCAUCACAUAGCUAGAUUUUAAAGUAUGAAAAUAAAUAUAUUAACAUUUCUAAGCAAAAGGUAUGUUGACAUUAACCUUUGGGUACCCAGAGUGGCAAGAGUAAAGCACAGAUAACUGAAAUCCAUGGCUAAUCAGUGUUUCCAAUUUUCUGUCCAACAGUUGAUGCAUUUACAUUUCUUUUUCUACCCUGUCCCUUUCCCACAAGCACCUCUUUUUCAAUGGGAUGAGUAGUUGGAAAAGGGGGUGACAUAGAGGGGCUAGCAACCAGCAAACAUAUACGCAGCCCACUUCGCUGUGCUUGGUCCGUGCAAUGACCAUUGAUUGGGGCUGCCGUGAGGAGCCACAGGUGGUGGUCCUGAGUUUAGGUGUCAGUCUUGAGCACUGUCUCCUGGCAAGUCCUAGGCUGGCUCCCCUAAACCGCCAGAGUACUCUUAGCACCUUUGGGGAAAACAAGCUUUGUGUGACAGGCACGGGGAUCCCAUCAUUUCAACAGAUUUCUUUGGCUCCUGACAAAUCUUUGCUGUUUUGUUUCUUCCUUUGGUGAUACCUUCUCCAGUUGUAUAGCCUGGUAUAUAGGAAAGCUUGGAUUAUCCUCACUGACUGUGUUGAUCUGUAUACCCUAAAAGCCCAGUUUGUUCUUAUGUGUUCUUAUAGAUGUUUAGAGUGGCACUGUCUACCUGCCAGCAAGCUGAUGUAGCACAAACAGCCAUUUUCCUUUUUUGUUUUUUCCUUUCAUUUUUCUGGUAUUGAGCUCCAGGGUAUAUGAGGGUUUAUGGCCUUAUGAUUGUAAGUUCCAAAAACUGGUCACAUUAAUUUAAAUUAUUUUGGUUCCCUGAAUACCUUGGAACUCUUGGAAUGUUGGUAGGGCCUAGAAGGCUCUGUGGAGUUCUGCAGCCUUGAUGUGCUGCCACCAGAUCAUUCCCAGCAGUGGCAUUUCCCUUCUAAGGUUGUGAGACUUGGUGGACAGUGACCUUCCCUUGUCUGGUGUUAUAAACAGAAGUUCUAAGUCGUGCUUCAAAAGUGAUAUCAUCUUUUUGGUGUAAAUUUCAUGUUUUUAAUUUUUAAAAACUUGUGAGAAGUUCUUUCCCAGCCCUGCUUAGUCAGUGUACAGAGUGAGUCAGAGGCAGUUUUCAGAGAGAAAGCCAAUUUCACCAAACGGUAGUGACUGCUGUUGUCCUAGCUACACAUCUGGAAUAUAAAGGAGGCAUCAGAAAACACACUGACUCUCCUAAGGCCUCUGCCUUGCACAGAGCUGCACAGGGAAACGCAGGCAUCUCCCUGUAAUGGCACCUACAAUGGCAAGCUGCUGGGAGAACCAGGCAAGAAAGAGGAGCCUCCCUUUAAAAUGCAGUCUGUGAGGGGUGAGCCCAGGCUUCGCUCUUUCCGCAGGGUAUACUGAGGCUACACACAAUGCUUGCCGUACUUUAAAGCUAUUUGCCACAGUCCUCUUCAAUAGUGUGGAAGUCCUUUCGCAGUCUGGUGUGCAUGCCAUAUGAUCAGGACAGCUUUUCCACCUUCCCUGGUUUCCUACAAGCAAGUAGGAAAUAUAGUGAAUUUACUUUGAAACAUCCAAUCUGUAUUUAUGUACCUUGUCAGUGUUUUGCUGUUGGUUUUCUAAAACAAUCUGAUCAAUAAAUCUUAUUCACAUCUAUUUGGUUCAAGGCCA